GUUAGUCAGAAGCAGUGUAAAGGACUGUUGUGGAACAGAGCUAUGGACGAGGUCCAAGUUGAACAACUGAUUCAGAAUUACAAGGUUAACGGAGAAAUUUUAGGUGAGGACCCAGCCCUGGUGAUGUUGAAAAUUUGGCCAACAUCCAAACAGUACAAAGAUAAUCCCGAUAAACCACCAAGCCUUGAAAAACUGGUAUGUUAAUUUAUUGUAAUGAUUAAAACGACUUGCGUUGUUUGUUUCACUAUUACAGUGUGCUAGAGAAAUGCUUGAGAAAUGUAUUGCGAGGUUCACCAGUUGGUAUAUCCAGAGUCAUAAAUUUAGGAUCGAUGCCAUAAGAUUUGUGAUGCCAUAAGAAAUUCGUUGAAUUGGACUGUUUUACAGUAAAUUUUACACGUGCAUAUUUAUGGUCAUUUAUGUCCGUGGUGUCUCAGCUUGAGGUAGAAACACCUAUUUAUCAACUCCAUGGGAGGGAAAGUGGACUUCUGCUCUCAGAUUACCAAGGAAAUCAUUGUAAUUCAUAAAUAAAGAGAGUACCGAUUGAACUUGUUAUUGUUUUAUUAAUUUUUAUGUUUAGUAAUACUUUUUUGUAAGUACAACACAUUGAUGAACUAUUCAAUGGAUCCUUGCUAAUUUGAAACCAAGAUCUAGAAAAAUGUGCAUGUCACAUUGCAGAUAAACAGGUUCCUAAACAUUUUGUUAGAGAGUGAACUGAACUUCGGUAAUAGAUAUGACACAUUCAGAGAUGUGAACGACAAGGCGAAGACGACUUUGCUACAUUAUGCUGCAGAACUUGGAUUUUUACAAGUCACCAAAACACUUGUGAAGAGAUGUCCAUCAUUGCUAUCCAUGAAAACAAAACGACCUAGGUCAACAAGAGCCAUGUUUCCAGUUGAAAUGGCUUUAUUGGCUGAGAAAGAUGAGGUGGCAGCAUUUCUCGUUAGAAUGAUGUGGCAUGAAAGGUAUAGAUAAAAUGUAUUACAUGGAUUCAUCAAAUGAUAGAGGGCUUGAUUUGAAGAAUUUUUUAUCAAUGAUACUUUUUAACUAUAGUCUGAUCUAAGAUAUUGGCCUGUAUAUUUUUAUAGAGGUUGUGACUCUAAAUGUCAUCUGAGUGAAUAAUUUGGUUCGAAUUGUAUUGAUUGUGAUAACAGAUUUGUCUAGUAGCAACUCAUGAAAGUUAUAUUUUUCUUUGGAUUUAUGUCUAUAAGUAGUUAAUACAUCUUCAACAAUUGGAGAGACUCCCUAAUUCUUCUCUUAUUGGCCUCCAGCCAAAGUAGCUUUAUAAAAAGACACUUGAAAAGGCCUGUGAAGGCAAAAAAAUACCUCAAAUGAGUUGAUCAACUUUCAUUUAACUUUAUUGAGAUAUUCAUACCAAGAUGUAAUUUAGAUCUGCAAUUUUCAGACCAUUGCUCAUAACCUUCAUAGAUUCUGUUAAUCUCACUUCAACAUUAUUAACCAUGAACAUGUAGUGUGGUCUUCUUGUGAUCAGAUCAAAAAAAUCUGCUGGAAAUAAUUAUGUUGCAUGAGAAAAUCUGUUUAAACUUUAAUUCCAGAGUCCAAAGUUUGUUUUCAUGGAGACCAGGUGAUAUGACAGAACCUCAACCAUCUUUCUUCAGUUUUAAGUUUAUCAUUGAAAAUCCUAAAAUGAAGGUGGGAAAUUUAUAUUUUUUGCAUUAAUAGGAAACAUAGGUUAGAAUAAUUCCCUGUUGAAAAGGUGGUGCUAUAUCUGUGAUAGAAAAGAUUUAUGGUCGGUAUGUUACAGGUAAACAUUCAAAAUCACACAUUUGUCAAAUGUGCAGGGCUGCUAAUGUAAGGAGGACUUUGUGGCAAGUUACAACAUCAACAACAUGGGCCAACAUCUGGCCAUCAUUUGCAGGGCUGCUAAUGUAAGGAGGACUUUGUGGCAAGUUAAAAAAACUUUUCCUUUAGAGACUAAUGAAAACUGCUAAGGCUUUCAGGUAGAUGGCUGAUAAAGGAAGUGGGGGAGAGAGAGACUUAUUGGAGAUUUAUCAGAGAAAAUUCCAAUAGAGAGGGGGGUGGAUGUAUAACAAUUUUUGAAUUCAUUGUUCUAUAUACAUGCAAUGUUUAAAUUUUAGGAUUAUCUUGUAUUCUUUGUUUCUGUGUGGUAUAUAUCUUCUGAGCAGAAAACGACCUUGGCUCUGCUAGAUCAGAUGGUGAAUCCUCAUUGGCCACAUCUUCCAAAACGUAAGGAAAGUUACAAAAAUGAACACGAGAAAGAAGGAAUUGAAGGAGCUUGGAGGACAAUCACAGAUGAUCCUGUAGAUUAUCACUUUUAUUAUCAUAUCUUGGAUGGUGAUGAGGGAGGACGGUCCCCAAAGCUUACAACCCUUGAUGAAGAAAAGCAAACAAACAACAAACAUUUCAACUGGAGAGACAGGUCUUGUUUACAUUUGAUUGCAAAGAGCAAAAACAAGGUAAAGUUACAAACUUGUAAAUCUACUCUCUUGCCUACUCUUGGUAUUAGAUUAUGAGAAAUGGUGACAGAGUUGACAGCAACCAUGUUAAAUUUUCAUUUUGAUCUGUAAUGUAUUGAAACUUUUACAAAAAUAUGAGCAUGGCAUAAUCAAAAAUAAAAUAUGAAUAUCAAAAAUUGUCUUUUUGCUGUACUUGUAUCAUAUUUUACAUUUGUUCUUUAAAAAAUACUGCCUGAUUUUCAUUUUUAGGAGGCCUUACAACAUCCUUUGGUUAGAAUGUUGGUGAAAACAAAAUGGAAAAGUUAUGGACACUCUUUUCUGAGGUAUACUUUGUACAUGUUUGUAUAGAGAGAUGAACACUUAGAAAUUAAACUAAACAAAGGGGAAACAUUGAGGGAGAUGCGUCCACUGAAACAGAAAAGUUAUAACAACAAUGAACCAAGUCAAAUCAAAUAAUGGCAUAAUUUACUAUCACCAACUUUUCCCAAAUUUUUUCCACAGCCUUCAAACAGCAUUUUAUGUGAUCUUCUUGCUGUGUUUGUCAUAUCCUCUGCUGAGGGCUUCCACAACAGUAGACCCCACCCAAUAUGGGGGGGAAGCUGAUUCACUGCGUGGAUUUUGUGAGAUUUUCACCCUAAUUAUGGUGGUCUUUUACAUAUGUGAAGAAAUUAAUCAAAUGAGAUUGUAAGUAUGCAAUUCUAGUGGGUGUAAAAUCAGGUUAGAACACCAUUUUUUUUCAAAGCUCAGGACAUUUUACCAUUUGCAAGUGUAAAAGUAAGUUUAUUUAGAUCAGGGAAGACUUGGUAGUAGUUUAGAGGUGGAAUUAAUUAGUACACAACCAACUUUGAGCAUUUGCCCUUUGUCAGAUUGAGUAGAGUAAUUGUUGGUGAUGUGUGGUUUAAGUACAGGAAAUUGAUUAGAACAUGGUGAGGUUAAAAACAUAAGAAUGAAUCAAUUGAAUGAAAAGUGUUUUGCAAACCUUUAAUCUGUCUGAUUUCGCUUAGAGAGGGGAAGUCGUACUUCACAGAAUGGAUGACCCUGUUUGACUGGUCAGGCCUGUUGCUGAUCCUGUGUAUAAUACCCUUACGGUACACGCAAAUUAAAGCCCAGUGGCUUGUGGCAUCUUUAGCUUUCUUGUUAAACUUCCUGAGGAUCUUUAAGUUUUCUUGCUUGACAAGGUAAAAUGCAUCAUAAGCUACGUUUGAUAGGUUUGAGAGAAUGUCAGCAAAUUAGAACAAGAAAAUAAUAUCUGUGAAACUUACUCACACAGUUGGAUUAGGUUUGGAUUUUGGUUAACAAGCCUAAUUUAUAAUUAGUGCAACCCCACCAUCUUGGCACCUUCAUGAUGGAAAUUUGAAAGUUUUUAAAACGUCUCAACGAAAAAAGGUAUAGAAUAGAAAGAUUAAAAAAAGCGUCCUAGGAGAGGAGACAGACGGGAGUAAUGAAAUUAAAAGAAUAAAGAAGAUGGGCAAUUUGUUUAAACAGCCAAAUGCUUUCCAUGGAGACGACGCAUGGCAACGUAUCCACCUCACCUGAAAUUUUAUUAGAAGACUGUUGAAAGCUGUUAUAUUCUUAUUUAGUAUAAUUCGAACAUCAUUAUGUAUCACAUAACUUGUGUCCUUAAUGUAAUAGAACCGUGUAUAUUUUUUUCCAGGACAACCGGAUUAUACACAAAAACCUUGGCUAAGAUCAUUUUGCACGAUGUGACAAGAUCCAUCGCGGUUUUUAUUGUUAUCUUCUUCUCCUUCUGUGGUGCUUUGUCUUUAUCGCUCUGUUACUCCGAUGAAAACCAACAGUUUAGGUAUGUCUUAAUCUUGCUUGCUUAAAUGCUACUGAAUAAAUGUGUUGAAUUAUUUGGUUGGCUGAUGUUUACUCUGCACUAUCUGCGAAUUUUAGUUGGAUGAAAUGUAUAUGAUAACACCUGAAGUGAUAUGAAAUUUCUGUUAAUGUGUUGCAGAUCAGUCUAUGUGUUACAGUCCAUGCUAAAUUCUUUUUUUUUUUUUACAUUAGUGACUUCGGAGAUGUGUUAUUGAGUGGCUUUCGCGCGCUCUCUGAACAAAGACCAAUUGCUUACGAUUAUUCAAAUUUCAAGUGAGUUGAUUUUUCUCUAAAAGGUCGAAUAUGUUUUGACUCCGUUUACUUGUUCAGAUCUCUUUACCUUAAGAUGAGUUUAUUACCACUAAGAUAAUAGGUGAAACUAACUACGUAAGAGCAUUUGAUUUAUUCCUUGCAGCUGGCUCUCCAUUCUGUUAAUGAUGGCCUACAUGGGGAUCGUGAUAGUGAUUCUACUCAACAUUCUCAUUGCACAAAUGAGUACGACCUACACACAGGCCAAGAAAGUCGCCCGUCUGGAAUAUGAUGUGGAUCGUAUUCUACAACUCACACGCAUGGAGAGAUUUCCUUUUCUAGUAAAUGAACAUUCUUCGCUAAUGGAAUUGUAGCAUUUUAUCAUUAAGCGUGCACCGGUGUUCGUGAUUGACGCUAAGUGGCAGCGUGCAUUAGCGCCAUACGUGACUGUGAGCGUGAGGAGAAGAACGUACCGUUAGGGUAGGAGGGGGCUUAGGUAUAGUUGUAUUCUUCUGCAAUUGAGGGGUGGCCUCAUAGACUUAAUUACUUUUACAUCUUUUCUUUGUGCAGAAUCUGCGCGUGAAGUAUUACAAAGAGGGAGACUGGAUCAGUGAAAUGAAACUCGUCCAAGGUCUGCGUGAAGUAUUUAACCAGGACUACUUUCACAAUAAUUUUUAUGCGUAGUAAUCUGGAAAAACAUUUUUUUUUUAGUCUUGUAUCCUAUUUGUACUUCUCUGAACGAAGGGAGAUGAAGAAGACCUUCGGCUAAGUUGAUACUCAGUUAUAAUAAAAAAGGAGUAAUCUUUCUCAUGCCUUAACAGCUGUAAGGUUCUUUAUCUUCCUAAAUGUGAUCUUGGUUUGUUUGUAGAUCUUCUUGAAUUCAGUGAAGAUCGCAGCCCUUGGGAGUCGGUGGAAGAGAGACUUGCUGCGAUUCGGUAACAAUUAAUUGCUUUAUCUUAUUUCCUAUCUUUCCUGCUAUCGGCCUAAUUUUUGAACUCGUUCUCUCAUUACUGGACUUUCGAAAAGAUCGACUUCCUUGUACUCAUCCUUCUUUGUUUCAGCAGUCAUGUUUCACACCUUCUGUUUUAUUUUCUUGUACAGGGAUAUGAUGAGGAAGAUGGUGAAACAGAUGAGGCCUGGAAUCAGAUGA